CUGAUUAUCCUUCAACAGCCCACCAUCGCCUUCUGAUAGAGCUCCGAGUUCUGGACGGCCAGGAUUGGAUGAUUUGAUGGGCCACAUGGAUUCAAUCACAUCAGCCCUUCCAGUCAUUUGUGUCAUCCUUUGUACCAUGAUCAUAUACUGGAGGCUCACCAUCAAGCCCAGUAAGAAUGAAAGGAGGCUCCCACCAGGCCCACCAAGAUGGCCCAUCUUCGGCAAUCUUCUCCAACUGGGCUCACUCCCACACAGGGACAUGGCCACCUUCUGUGCCAAAUAUGGACCGUUGGUUUAUCUCCGUCUCGGCAGCGUAGAUGCGAUCACGACCGACGAUCCGGAAGUCAUCCGCGAGAUCCUUUUCCGGCAAGACGAUGUGUUCGCAUCUCGCCCGCGGACCCUCGCUGCGGCCCACCUGGCAUACGGUUGCGGCGACGUGGCGAUGGCCCCACUGGGCCCACAAUGGAAACGGAUGAGGCGGAUAUGUAUGGAACACCUACUGACCACCAAACGGCUAGAUUCGUUCAUGAACCAACGGGCUGAUGAGGCCCACCAUAUGGUCAGAGAUGUGUGGGCCCAGGCCCAGUAUGGGGAGGCUAUCAACCUGAGGCAGGUGUUGGGUGCAUUUUCUAUGAAUAAUGUGACUAGGAUGUUGUUAGGGAAGCAGUAUUUUGGGGUGGGGCCAGGUGGGCCCCAGGAGGCGAUGGAGUUCAUGGAUAUCACACAUGAGCUGUUCUGGCUACUGGGCCUGAUCUAUCUGGGUGAUUACUGGCCCAUCUGGAGGUGGGUGGACCCGUUUGGGUGUGAGAGGAAAAUGAGGGAUGUGGAGAGAAGGGUGGAUGAUUUUCAUGAGAAGAUACUUGAGGAGCAUAGGAAGGCAAGGAACAGAAAAAUGGACGGUAGAGAUGAUGUUGAUGAUAAGAUGGACUUUGUUGAUGUUUUGUUGUCACUGCCUGGUGAAGAUGGAAAGGAGCAUAUGGAUGAUGUGGAGAUCAAAGCUCUAGUUCAGGAUAUGAUAGCUGCGGCCACAGACACUUCUGCAGUGACAAACGAGUGGGCCAUGGCGGAGGUGAUCAAGCACCCACACGUGCAACGUAAAAUCCAAGAUGAGCUGGACGAAGUUGUGGGCCCGGAUCGAAUGGUCACCGAAUCGGAUCUGGCCCACCUAAACUACCUACGAUGUGUGGUCCGAGAAACCUUUCGGAUGCACCCGGCGGGUCCGUUCCUGAUCCCACACGAGUCUGUACGGCCCACCCAGCUCUUCGGCUACCACAUUCCAGCCAAGACACGUGUUUUCAUCAACACGCACGCUUUGGGAAGGAACACACGUGUGUGGGACAGCACCGAUGAAUUCCGUCCGGAGCGGCACAUAACAUCGGACGGUAGCCGUGUGGAGAUUAGCCACGGGUCUGAUUUCCGGAUCCUGCCCUUCAGUGCUGGGAAAAGGAAGUGUCCUGGUGCACCCCUGGGUCUGGUCUUCGUUCUUAUGGGCCUGGCUCGUUUAUUUCAUUGCUUUGAAUGGGCCCCACCAAAUGGGCUGAGGCCCGAAGACAUUGAUACCACUGAAGUUUAUGGUAUGACCAUGCCCAUGGCUAAGCCGUUGAUCGCCGUCGGUAGGCCACGUCUGCCACAUCAUAUGUACUGCUGA